AUGUCUAUUCGUUCAGCGAUGUCAUGGAGUAAUCGCCUAACGUCACUCCCCCGCCUGCGGGCUCCACAGAGGGCUAGCUGGGCUGCUGUUCCUCGAGGACUUGUACAUGUUCCCUUACGAUGGAGCUCGAAUGAACAAGCCCGCAAAAGCGGGGCUCCCAAGACAAAGACGGCAAACAUAGUUGAGAUUCCAGAUCAAGCAAGGAACUCGGUUAUUCUGAAGCAGUUUGACUCUGAGACGGAUAUCCAAAAAGCUUACGCCACAUACUCUAAGGGGUAUCUGACGUUGAAAGGGGAAGGUAGCGUCCCCAAGGAUAUCGAUGUGACGUGUAUCAAACCGAGUCCCACGGAUGUCAAAAUUGGCUGGUCUGACGGCCAUGAGAGUGUCUAUUCUUGGGAUUGGCUGGUCGCCCAUCAGACUACCAAAUUCACGUCUCGGGAUCUUGGCCCACACAAAUUGUCUGGUGUAAAGUACGGUCUCUUGCUUUACAACACAGGGUUUAUUGAUUCUAAUCCUAUAUUAAGGCCGCUUGCGAACAUCUUCAAUGCCGAAAACCAGAACUAUCCAGAGGCAUCUUACCAAGAGGUGAUAUCCAACGACAGAGCCUUACUAGAUUGGCUGCAAAACAUUCACGGGCAAGGGUUUUGCUUCAUCAAGGGUGUUCCAGUUGACCCCGAGGCAACGAAGGCAUUAAUUGAGCGAAUUGCUUUCAUCCGACACACUCAUUAUGGUGGCUUUUGGGACUUUACUGCCGAUUUGACCUACAAGGAUACGGCAUAUACCAAUGAGCCUCUUGGCGGACACACCGACAAUACCUAUUUCACCGAUCCUGCAAGGCUCCAGCUCUUCCAUCUGUUGUCACAUACAGAUGGAAGUGGAGGUGAGAGCUUACUAGUAGAUGCACUCGCAGCAGCUCAUGAAUUGAAAAAGAAGAGUCCCUUGGAUUAUGACACCUUGGCCACAGAAAGACAUUCAUGGCAUGCGAGCGGCAAUGAAGACGUCUGCAUUCAACCUUCCUUCCGCGCCCCUGUUCUUUCCAUCCAUCCUGAUUUUAACAAAGUCUAUCAAGUUCGUUGGAACAACUAUGAUCGCGCACCAAAGAAUGAUUGGAGUGUUCGCGACCAGACUCGCUGGUACAAGGCGGCUCGGAAUUUCAACUCUAUUCUUCAUAAGCCGAGCAACCAAAUCUGGACCCAGUUGAAACCCGGGACAGCCCUGAUUUUUGACAAUUGGAGAAUGUUGCAUGGCCGCUCCGAGUUUACUGGGAAGCGAAGAAUGUGCGGUGGCUAUGUGAAUAACGAUGAUUUCAUUUCACGACUCCGACUCUUGAAACAUGGCCGAGAGAAAGUUUUGAACAAUCUAGGAUCCUCGUACAAGGCAGCUACCCUAGUUCCAAUUUUAAUGGGAAUUGCACAUAAUAUGAGCGAAAAUCGAACUGAGACCAAACUAGAACUUAUUCGAUGUUGA